CAAACACUGAACCCCAUCACCACUCCGCAGCCUCCCCCGUUCUUUGAAAUCCCAUUUUCCCUUUAUCCGCACUGGGGAAAAGAAUAGAGAAAAAUUGCAGUCGCUUUUUUUGAUCGUCAUAAAGAAAAAGCGCCGGGGCGUGACCUGAGAUCAUCAAAACCUAAACACGGUCCUUUGAUUUCCGAAAUAUGUGGAGAAGGCUACUUACUUCACAGUUCAAAUCUCUGGCAGCACUUCCAUGCCGAUCCGCGUCUAAAACGGCGCCGUUUCCAUUCAAAUCUCACAUUUCUCCUUCCCCUUCUGCUUCCCUCCUCGUUUUCCAUUUCUCCGCCGAGUCAGCGGAUACUGCUGUGAAGAAGAGAGUUGAGGAUGUAAUGCCUAUCGCUACAGGUCAUGAGCGAGAGGAGCUUGAGUCUGAGCUUCAGGGAAAGAAAAUCCUUGAAGAUGUAAACAACCCUGUUGGUCCUUUUGGCACAAAGGAAGCUCCUGCUGUUGUCAAGUCCUACUAUGACAAGAGAAUAGUUGGAUGCCCAGGAGGUGAAGGCGAGGAUGAGCAUGAUGUUGUCUGGUUUUGGCUGGAGAAAGGCAAACCACAUGAGUGUCCAGUUUGCUCACAGUAUUUUGUGCUGGAAGUUGUGGGACCUGGAGGACCCCCAGACGGACAUGGCGAUGAUGAUCAUCAUUAAUUGCAACUUUGAAUUUUUUUUUCCUGUUGGAAUAAAAUUGCAGAAGACGAUUAAAUGAUGUUCCAAUAAACAAUGCACCUUCAAAUGUUCAAAAGCUGUUAUCUGUCGUUUGGUUUUGAGAUGGUAUUCUCUGUUUCUUUAUGGUACUUUAGACUGAUACACAGGUAUGGGAAUUUUUUUGGUUAACUUAAAAUGCAUCGCCAAAUAAAUAAAUCUUUUCCAUUCAUUCA